CACGUGGUGGUACUCAAUGUUGUGGAAGUAAUCUAUAUAUAUUUGUAUCGCUGCUUCAUCAGUUUUUCACUUUCAAUUUUUAUUUUUUUUUAUUUAAGAUACAGUGUACAGUAUUGUAAUGCACUUCAGGAGAAUUGCUGAGAGAUUAAUCGGGGUUAAUGGUGACACUGAUCAAGAAUCUUUGGCUUAAAAUGGAGCUCUUUUGUUCAAUUAUUCAUCUGAAAAAAUUUCUUGACUUUUUGUUUUGUAAUUUCUCCGUGAUUGAUUUGUUGAUGAAGUAUCCUCCAAAUACCAUGUUUGGUUGUAGAACACUGAAAAUUUCACAUAGAUACUUAGUCACACAUGCUACAUUACUUAUCUGAUUGGAUAUCUGUUUUAACCCUUUAAUCUUGAUCGGUGUGUGCAAAGGACACUAUCCAAGAUAUAUAUGUCUAGAUUAAUAGCGACCUUUUGUUGCUCUUCAAGAUUUUGUUCCUUUUCUUCAUGCAAUUAGUCUAGUUUUGGGUUUCUUUGCUAAAGAACACUCGAACUUAAAAUUAGUCUACGGUCGUUAUGUUCAUAUAUAUGUGGCAGUGGCAGUGGCAGUGGCAGUGGCAGUGGCAGUGGCCUAAUGGGUUUACUCAGUAGAAAGUAAUCGUUGUUUUCUUUUCUCCUAUAAGAAUGAAUCCACUAAGCUACAACCCUUUUUAACAGCAUGACCAACAUCAUCGAUCGUUAUGGCAUACAACAUGCUUGUGAACUUAGAAGCUUGGAUCUUGCAGAAAAAACUCGGAGUUAUCUUCCACACAAUGAGUUACUCGAAUCAGUCAAAAGAUUCUCUAAUUUCUCUGGAGGACCAGCUCGAAACUGCUCUGUCUGCAACUAGAGCUAGGAAGACAGAACUAACGAUGGAGUUUGUGAAGAUGCUUCAAGAAAAGGAGGAGUUGCUGAGAGAAGAGAAUCUGGUUUUGGCUAGCCAGAUAGAUAAUACACAUAUACAAAGGCGAGGUGGCACAGUUGGCUUAGCGCGUAGGACUUACGCAAGUAUAAGAACAUAUGCAUAACUAUAGUUGAGGACUUUAUGGAUGGAAGACAAUUUUAUCUGAGACCCAUAAUUAAAGAUAUGAUUUUUUUUCAUGUUUCCAAAUUUAUAUCUCUGUUAAACUUUACUUAUUUAGUUGAUAAGAAUGCAAGAACGUAUCUUACAGGACCCAAUUUAAAAUUUAAAAUUAGGCAAAAGACAUUAUGCUUCUAGAAUUCUUAUUUUUCUUAUCCUUGUUAAUAGAGAAGAAUUCUUUUUAGAAAGUUCCAAACGAAUGUAAUAGUUGCACAAUUUCGGUUAAAUCCAUCACUUCUCUUUUUUUUAAUAUAAGUAUAUGUGCUAACAAACAAUCUAAGGAAUUUUU